GGUGCGAAAUCAAGGGCUUUCCCCUGUUUACUAUCAUUCUCUUUCUCUUUCGUUUCUGUCUCUCUCUGGUUUUCUUUCAUUUCUGGGAACAAAGAAAAUAAAUAAAUAAAAUCCAUAAUGCACAACUUUAAGAUUUUUUAAAUAAAUGUUUUUUGCUCCGCGGCACAAAACGGUGCGUUUGAUUGAGGCUGAAACUUUUCAGUUUCUGGGUAAUGCUUCCUCCUUGAAAUUUUCCUCGUUCAUUCGCAGGUUCUUCCAUUUCGGAGCUCUUAGAUCUCGGUUAUGUUGUUGUUGCUGCUUUUUCUGCAACUCAAGGUUGUGGUUUGAUGGAGAAGUGAUUUAUAUUUUUAUGUUUUAUUCUUUUUGGAUCUCGAGUUUAAGCUCCGACACGGAGGUUAGGAUUUGUGUUAGGAGGUGAGAAUUAGGGAUUUUUAAUGCAUAUCGGGAAUUGAAAUCAAGGAGCUAGGGUUUUGGGAGAUGGCUUCUUAUCCUCCAUUCCAUUUGGAGGAUCAAACGGAUGAGGAUUUCUUCGAUAAGCUGGUUGAGGACGAUGAUGUCGACGAGGCACCUGUUGAGCCUUCCGCCGGUGAUGUACGCAACGAUUCUGAUGAUUCCGUGAAGGCGUUUGCAAAUCUGGCAAUUGACGAUGCCCGUGCCGAUGCUGCAUUUGAGAAUUCAGGUGUCUGCAAGAGUGGGAUUGAGCUGAAAAGAAAAGACGAUGGCAAUAAAUCCGAUGUGGAAACUGUUAAAGGAAAUUAUCAGAAGGAAGGUGAUGUUGUCAAGAGUGGGAUUGAGCUGAAAACAGCACAUGAUGCCAAUAAAUCCAAUGCGGGAACUGUUAAAGGAAAUUAUCAAAAGGGUGGUGGUGUCGGCAAGGAUGAGAUUGAGCUUAAAAGGGAAUGUGAUGCUGAUAAAUCUAAUGUGGAAACUGUUAAAGGAAAUUAUCAAAAGGUAGGUUCUUUGGUGCCUUCAAGCGAAGUAACUGCAGAUCCAGGAAAUCAUGAAAUGGGAUGGGGAGUUACAAAGGAUUUGAGUGUGGGCAAAGGCAACGGAGCCACCAGUCUGGGAAUUAAGGAAGUAGAUUGGAAUGCUUUUUAUACCAAUUCUGGCGGGGGAGAGGGUUAUUCUGAAUUUUUCAGUGAUUUUGGGAAUCAAUCUGGUGGGGAUUUUGCUGGGAAAGCAUAUGGUGAUUCUAACGAUGAGGUGAAACAAGAUAAUGGGAUUCAGUGUGAUGGGCAAUAUCAAGAGGGUCAAGGAUACGAUGCAUCUCUUGAAAAUAGCACAAGUGGGCAAGAUGUGCAGGAUUGGGAAAAUCUUUAUCCUGGAUGGAAGUAUGAUUACAAUACUGGGCAAUGGUAUCAAGUUGAUGAUGUGACGGCUGUGACUCAAGGAAGCUCUGAUGCCAAUUCAGCAGUGGCAGCAGGUUGGGCCGCUGCUUCCGAUGCUACAGCAGAGGUCUCCUAUAUGCAGCAAACUUCUCAGUCAGUUUCAGGAACAUUGGCUGAAACUGGAACUGAAAGUGUAUCUAGCUGGAAUCAGGUUUUGCAAGGGAACAGUGGGUACCCAGAACAUAUGUAUCUCGAUCCUCAAUAUCCGGGUUGGUACUAUGACACAAUUGCCCAAGAAUGGCGCUCAUUAGAUAGUUACAAUUCAUCAGUUGAAUCCACAGCUCAGGGACUGGAAAAUGGGCAUGCUUCUACCGGUUCUCUUUUGUAUACCGAUAAUAGUUUGUAUCCAGAAUACAGUCAAGCUGGCAGUUACGGCUCACAGGACAUUGGUGGCCAAGCAGCUGGGGAUAGUAGCUGGAGUGUUUCGUAUGGUGUUAACCAUCAGCAGGGUUGGGAUCCAUACAAAACUGAGAAUGCUAAUAGAAGUGGGGAUCAUGUACCAUCUGUUGGAAACAAGCAAUUUGAUCAUUCUUAUGGCUCAAAUGCUUCUGUAAACAAAGAUCAACAGAGUACUUCUAGUUCAUUUGGAUCUGUUCCUUUGUACAAUAAAGUAAAUCGCAAUCAUCAUCGGUCUGGUAGUUUUGAACCUCAAAGCUUUGCCCCUACUGCAGAUCUUGCUCAACAUUUAAAUUGUUCUAAUACAAUGUUUGAUGAGCACAAAAGUUUCUCAAGUGAUUAUGCUGAAAGUCAGAAAUCCUUUAGUUAUGCACAGCAAUCAUAUCAGGGUGGGCAUCAAUAUUCUUAUGCCCCUCAUGCAGGGAGAUCGUCAGCUGGACGUCCUCCUCAUGCCUUGGUAACCUUUGGAUUUGGUGGAAAACUUGUUGUAAUGAAGGGUUCUAGUCUCUCGAGCUCAUCAUAUGGUAGCCAGGAUACUGCUGGAAAAGGCUCAAUUUCUGUGUUGAACGUGAUGGAAGUUGUCACAGGAAGCAGGGAUUCUUCCAGCGUUGGUAGCAGCAGUGAUUAUUUUCAUGCGUUGACCCAGCAAUCUUUCCCAGGCCCUUUGGUUGGUGGCAGUGUAGGAAGUAAAGAUUUGUACAAAUGGAUAGAUGAGCGGGUUGCACGCUGUGGAUCAUCUGACAUGGAUUAUAAGAAAGGCGAAAGAUUGAGACUCCUUCUCUCCUUGCUUAAAAUAGCGUGUCAACAUUAUGGGAAACUACGUUCGCCAUUUGGUUCGGACAAUAAACAGAAAGAAAAUGAUACUCCUGAGUCAGCCGUUGCAAAACUAUUUGCAUCUGCUAAGACGAGUGGCCAGGAGUUCACUCAAUAUGGUGUGCUGAGACACUGCCUGCAAAAUUUGCCUUCUGAAGGACAAAUGCGGGCUACGGCUUGUGAGGUACAAAAUCUUCUUGUAUCUGGCAGAAGGAAGGAGGCUUUGCAAUGUGCACAGGAAGGUCAAUUGUGGGGUCCUGCACUUGUCAUUGCUUCACAACUUGGUGAACAGUUGUAUGUUGAUACUGUAAAGCAAAUGGCACUUCGACAACUGGUUGCAGGUUCACCUCUGCGAACGUUAUGCCUUCUAAUUGCUGGACAACCUGCUGAAGUUUUCUCUUCUGACAGCUCAACUGGGGGGGAUCCCAGUGCCUUUAAUAUGCCUGAGCAGUCUGCACAGCUAGGAUCUAAUGCCAUGCUUGAUGAUUGGGAGGAAAAUCUGGCUGUAAUAACUGCAAACAGAACCAAAGAUGAUGAACUUGUAAUUGUUCAUUUAGGCGAUUGCUUGUGGAAGGAGAGAAGUGAGAUCACUGCUGCACACAUCUGCUAUUUAGUUGCUGAAGCAAGCUUUGAGUCAUAUUCAGACACUGCAAGGCUCUGUCUUUUAGGGGCAGAUCACUGGAAGUUUCCUCGAACUUAUGCUAGUCCAGAAGCUAUCCAGAGGACUGAGUUAUAUGAAUAUUCAAAGGUGAUUGGGAACUCUCAGUUUAUUUUGCUUCCAUUUCAGCCAUAUAAGCUUAUAUAUGCCUAUAUGCUUGCUGAAGUGGGAAAGGUUUCAGAUUCAUUGAAGUACUGUCAAGCAGCACUGAAGUCCUUGAAAACUGGCCGCAAUCCAGAAGUAGAAAUAUGGAAACAAUUGGUAUUGUCUCUUGAAGAGAGGAUUAGAACCCAUCAACAGGGUGGAUAUGCUGCAAAUUUGGCUCCUGCUAAAUUAGUGGGCAAAUUGCUAAACUUUUUUGAUAGUACUGCACAUAAAGUUGUUGGUGGUUUGCCCCCACCUGCUCCAUCAUCAUCGCAAGGAACCUUUCAUGGAAAUGAACAACAUCACUACUCUGUGGCACAUAGAGUAUCCAGUAGCCAAUCAACAAUGGCCAUGUCAUCCUUAGUUCCAUCUGCUUCAAUGGAACCCAUAAGUGAGUGGACAACUGACAGUAAUAGAAUGACAAUGUCUAACAGAAGUGUUUCAGAGCCAGACUUUGGUAGAAGCCCCAGACAGGAAACAUCAUCUGAUUCACAAGGAGAGGCAGUAUCAGGGGGCACGUCUCGCUUUUCUCGUUUUGGUUUUGGCUCCCAACUUCUGCAAAAGACGAUGGGGUUAGUCUUGAGGCCUCGUUCUGGCAAACAGGCUAAAUUGGGAGAAAAGAACAAGUUUUACUAUGACGAAAAACUGAAGAGAUGGGUAGAGGAAGGUGCUGAACCUCUCAAUGGAGGCUCUGAUUCAAUACAUUCGAGUCCCGAACUUACUCCAGGGAUGCCACCAAUCCCACCUAGCACAAAUCAAUUCUCUGCACGUUCCCGCAUGGGUGUUAGGUCAAGGUACGUUGACACCUUCAACCAAGGAGGUGGAAGCUCUGCAAACUUUUUUCAGACAUCACCUAUUACUUCUCCCAAACCUGCUCUUGCUGCCAGUGCAAAGUUUUUUAUUCCUUCUCCUGUACCAUCGUUAAAUGAUCAGACCAUGACGGGUAUAGCAGAAAGCAAUCAAGGAGAUAGCUUCGGCAAUGAAAAUCCUGCUACAUCUCCAAGGAGUGAUAGGCCACAACCCCUCAGUCCGAAGCCUCCAUUGCCCCCGCAAAGGAUUUCAAGUAUGGGUCACAUCUCAAACCAGCUAGCAAUGACGAAUGGUGGUAACCCUAGUUUCCUUCAAAGGCGAACAGCUUCAUGGGAUGCUGGUGCUGGCAAUUCAUUUAGCCCGAGAAAAAAGGGUAACAAUAGGCCUCUAGGUGAAGUUUUGGGAAUGCCACCAUCAACGUUUAUGCCUAACGAGUACAAUUCUCCGAGGAGCAUGCCUACCAGCCCUCUUCCAAAGAAUGGCAGUGGCAGUUUCGGAGAUCUCCAGGAUGUUGAACUUUGAGAAGAUAAUUCAGCUGUAAAUAUCAAAUUUUGUUCGUGAUUAAGUCAUCGUUGGGAUGUCCCUAAUGCAUUUCUUUGGUCUCAGGAUGGUGAUACAAGAUCUCUUCCCCUGUCCCACUGUUCUAUAAUACAUACGUAGGUGUUUUUAUAUAUAUAAAAAGAAUGCAAAGGUCACCCAUCUUGGCUUUAAGAUACCGGUGGUCUCUUAGUAAGGGAUAGAUAGCAUAGUUCAUUUGUUCAUUUUAUUAAAAACAACAAAUACAAUGUAUCCUACAAGAAAAAGAUGGCCCUCAACAUGGAAUUGUGAAAUAUGAGUUUUGGCCCUUUGUAACUUUUUCGGUUAUUAAUGGAAUUUAAUUUACAAAGGAUCCGUUAUUCUUGUCAUCUUAAACCGUGGUUUACAAAGUAAUGCAUUUACUUAUUCUCUCAUUUAUAA